AUGUUUUCCGUUACAUAUUUUCAGCUUAUUGCGUGUAGAACAGCAAAGUUUCCGCAAACGUUUUGCAGGUCACAAACGAGGAGUGACGAUGCAAAUAAUUCCGACAGCGAACGCGAGACGCGCGAUCACUCUCUUUGGACGAGUUUACAGGUGGACAAAAUUUGGUCGCGAGUGCACGACGCGUGCAAGAACGUCGUAAAGCUCGCUGCUACGACCGUCGGCCGUGUUGUGAGAGAUACACCUAAAUCGGAACGUUCGCAGAAAAGUCUCGUUGAAGUGGCUGACGCGACGCUCGUCGAAAGCUCGAUCUCGUGCGACGAAAUAUGCGGUGAAACGUGUCGUAAAAAUUUAAUGCGCUCAAAGACCGCGAAAAAAACGGAGGCGCAUCAGGAACGCACAAUCGGAGACGUGGGAAAAUAUCCUCGGAAUGCGGAAGCAGCGUGGCGGAAAAACUCGCGGAUCAUUGCGUCUUCUUCUCUGCGCCGCGAUACGCGAGAGCGCGCGUAUCGAAACGCCGAAAAGGAGAAGGACGAAGAGUCCUGUGUGAUAUGCAACGGUACGAUAUUAAUAUAGUGAUCAACUCUUUGCGCAUCAUACCUGUUGCUGACAAAAUCAUCGAAACUUGUGACUUACAUUUAACGAACAACACGCACUGGAUCAACUCGGGAAAUAUAUGUAACAUUUUUUUUUUAGAAAAAUUUUUUUAUAUAGAAAUAUAAUAACACAACAACGAAAUAUUCGUUUUUUUUUACAAUCUUUCACUGCUUUUCAAUUUUUCGAUUUUUCUGUCAUCUCUUUGUACGUGUAUCUCUCCGAAUACGUGAACCAUAAAUAUUGCGCCAUGAUAAAAAUGUAUUUUUUACUUUGGCUAAAUGAAACAAAAAAA